GUCAACCCAUUUUUUACACUCCAAUUUGUGACGAAAUUUGAACCUUCGGAAUACUUCUUCUUCCCUUCGCCGUCGUGUUAUGUGAAGUGCGGAGAGAGCACGGUGUAUGCAAUAAAGGGAAUUACGUUAACAAAUUACUUCACUUCGCGCGCAGCUUAUUUUAUCGACUCGGUGAGUAAACGCCUGAACGUGAAGAAUUCGAUAUACCCGAUCAAUCCAAUCAGUUUCAUGACACAAUUGGAGAGCUGUUACUUGUUCGAAGCUUUUUCUUUUGUUAUUACAAAACUGAUCAGCAACGAGUACGAAGACCAGGCGUUGUUUAUUUUGAACCAACUCUCAGUCUUUACGCGGGUGCGUGCUAUUGACUUAUUACGAGAGAUCAUGGAGUCUGCUCUACCCUUUGGACAUCGGAUGGUUGAACACCUCAAGAAGACAAGUGGGUUAGAUAAAAGUGAUAUGUUGGUGUUAAUUAAUAUGGUACGAGUCGAAAAUCCUCAUUUAGUCGCACUUUUUACUUCUAGUCUUCUCUGUUCGAUGCGACAUGAUGCCAGGAUAUCCUCGACAUUUGGAAAUAAGAUGAUUGGUAUGAUGUGA